AUGAAGAUUUCGAUUUUUUCGACCUUGCUUCAGCUCUCGGCCGUGUUUGGACUGAGAGACUUUUCAGAAGAUCGACUCUGGGCGAAAUUGGAUCCUCAAUGGGUUGAGUCGAGGAUUUUGGUGACAGACGCAAAGCAAAAUUACUUACUCGGCUAUUUUACGGGCAAAUACGGCUCUACUUCGGAGAAAAAGCGAUCUUCCGGAUAUCUAGUGCCUAUCCCUGAUAUCGAGUCCUCCCGGCGAUACAAUUCAGUUUUGGGCCGGGGUUGCGCCAGUCCCGGUGCAUACAAAUUGACUAAGUGGCGACCGAAAGCCAACCGCCGAAGAGUCAGAAGAGGCCAGUGGAUUGCGCUGCUCUACCGUGGCGGAUGCACUUUUCAGGAAAAGAUUCGACUUGCAACAAAACUCGGAGCAGCGGGGGCGAUCAUCAUUGACUCAUCCUCUAACAGGUCGCCAACAUUGAUGAACACUCUUGGCACUUCCAUCGUCUCCACCAGCGUUUCCAAAAUCACCGAUUUUUUCUACAACAGGGACUCUUCCAGGCCCUACAGGUGCACAAUGUGCGACCGGUGCUACAAGUACAUAAGCCGCUUUGAAGAGCAUUUCGAAGAAACGCACAUGAUGCAGUACAUGCAAAUGCGACUCGCCAGAAAGCGCGAGGUCGAAAAUCAGCACCAAGAAAACAUAGUGAAUCUACUGACCCCUCCAACCACCCCAGAAGACCCAGAAAAUUCGAAACGCGAAAACACCGAAAAAAACAAAAACGAACACGGAGAGCUGAAAAUCGAUGAAACUGUAGAAAAAAUGAAUAUGAACAAAAACGACGAUCAUAAACCAGUUCGAAUUUCUGUCAUCAAAAGGCGUCAAAUAAAUUGA